AUGGCAGGACCGCUGCGGGCCGCCCUGGCGCUGGGGCUGCUGGCGGCCGCUCAGCCCGCACCGGCCGCGGGGCAGCGGCGGCAGGCAGAGCUCUUCCUGGAGAAAUACGGCUACUUCAGCGAGCCGGGGGCCGGCACACACAGCCCCGCCGAGUUCACCGAGGCGCUGAGGGAUUUCCAGCGGGUGACCCACCUCCCACCCAGCGGGGUGCUGGAUGCCCUCACCCUCCAUCAGAUGGCGAUGCCGAGGUGUGGCACGGAUGACGGGGACAGCCUCUCUGCCGGGGCACGCCGGGCAUCGCCCGCCCGGCGCCGCAGACGCACGGCACAGCACGGUGGGCGCUGGUACAAGCGGCACCUGUCGUACCGGGUGGUGAACUGGCCGUCCUACCUGCCCCAGCACGAGGUGCGCCUGGCCGUGAGAGCCGCCUUCGAGCUCUGGAGCAAUGUGUCCUCCCUGGUGUUCUGGGAGGCACAGGAUGGCCCUGCUGACAUCCGCCUGACCUUCUUCCACGGGGACCACAACGAUGGACUCAACAACGCCUUCGACGGGCCAGGAGGUGCCCUGGCUCACGCCUUCUUCCCCCGGCGAGGAGAAGCCCACUUUGACAGCGCCGAGCGCUGGUCCCUGCACAGCGGCAAGGGGCGCAACCUCUUCAUCGUGGUGGCCCACGAGGUCGGGCACACGCUGGGGCUGCAGCACUCGCCCGUCAAGAGCGCCCUGAUGUCUCCCUACUACAAGAAGCUCAGCAAGGAUUUUGUCCUCAGCUGGGAUGACGUCUUGGCCGUCCAGAACUUGUAUGGAAAGCCCUCCAAGGGCUCGGCCAUCCAGCUCCCAGGCAAGGUCUUCACUCACUUCCAGGACUGGAACAUGGAUCUUUAUGGCAGGGACCGACAGCAGAGGAGCCUCAGCACCUACUACUGCCACUCCUUCUUCGAUGCCAUAACUGCUGAUGGGGAUCACAACCUCUACAUCUUCAAGGGCAGCCACUACUGGGUGGUGUCAGCCAGUGGCAAUGCCAGUGACCCACGGCCACUGCAGCCACGCUGGCCCGGCCUCCCCGCCAGCAUCGACGCCUGUGCCUGGUCCCAGCUCAGUGGAAAGUUCUACUUCUUCAAAGGCGGCCGAUGCUGGCGCUACGAGGGCUCCAAGCUGGAGGCAGGAUUUCCCCAAAAAUGCAGCGCCCUGGGGCUCCCUCGGCACCCGGACACCGCGCUCUACUUCCAGCAGCUCCGGCGGCUCGUCCUCUUCAAAGGCCCCAAAUACUUCGUGGUGGGCGAGGAGCCCCUGGGCGUGGAGCCCUACUACCCCCGCAGCCUGCGGGACUGGGCACGGCUGCCCCCGGGCACGGCCGGGGCUCUCACCCACCGCGAUGGCUCCGUCUACUUCUUCCAGGAUGACCAGUACUGGAAAUUUGACCAGGUUAAACUGCAAGUGGUGGCCACUGGCAAAUGGGCCACACAGCUCGCCUGGAUGGGCUGCUGGGAUGCCAACAGUGAGCAGGUUGUUUUCUGA